GAGCCGCCGCCGCCGCCAUGCACGUCGUCAAGAGAGAUGGCCGCCAUGAGCGGGUCAUGUUUGACAAGAUCACCUCCCGCAUCCAGAAACUCUGCUACGGUCUCAACUUAGACUUUGUGGACCCUGCUCAAAUCACCAUGAAAGUGAUCCAGGGCCUUUACAGCGGGGUCACCACUGUGGAGCUGGACACCCUGGCUGCAGAGACAGCAGCCACGCUGACCACCAAGUACCCGGACUACGCCAUCCUGGCAGCAAGAAUUGCCGUCUCCAACUUGCACAAAGAAACUAAGAAGAUGUUCAGUGAUGUGAUGGAAGAUCUGUACAACUAUGUGAACCCCAAUAACGGCAAACAUUCUCCAAUGAUCUCCAAGGAAACGUUAGACAUCGUAUUGGCCAACAAAGAUCGGCUGAACUCAGCUAUCAUUUAUGAUCGGGACUUCUCCUACAAUUACUUCGGCUUUAAGACUCUGGAGCGCUCGUACCUACUGAAGAUAAAUUCCAAAGUGGCUGAGCGGCCCCAGCACAUGCUGAUGAGGGUGUCGGUGGGAAUCCACAAGAACGACAUUGAUGCUGCCAUUGAAACGUACAACCUCCUGUCGGAGAAGUGGUUCACUCACGCCUCUCCCACUCUCUUCAACGCCGGCACCAACCGUCCCCAGCUGUCCAGCUGUUUCCUGCUGUGCAUGAAGGAUGACAGCAUCGAAGGGAUCUACGACACGCUGAAGCACUGUGCGCUCAUCUCCAAGUCUGCUGGGGGAAUUGGCGUUGCAGUGAGCUGCAUUCGAGCCACCGGCAGCUACAUCGCUGGGACCAACGGGAACUCAAAUGGUCUCGUGCCGAUGCUGAGGGUGUACAACAACACUGCUCGCUACGUGGACCAGGGAGGCAACAAGAGACCGGGGGCCUUUGCCAUCUACCUGGAGCCCUGGCAUUUUGACAUCUUUGACUUCCUUGACCUGAAGAAAAACACCGGGAAGGAGGAGCAGCGGGCCCGGGACCUCUUCUUUGCCCUCUGGAUUCCAGAUCUUUUCAUGAAACGCGUGGAGACCAACCAGGACUGGUCUCUGUUGUGUCCAAAUGAAUGCCCAGGCCUAGAUGAAGUGUGGGGAGAGGAGUUCGAGAAACUCUACGAAAGCUAUGAGAAGCGGGGGCGUGUGCGCAAGGUGGUGAAGGCCCAGCAGCUCUGGUAUGCCAUCAUAGAGUCCCAGACGGAGACGGGAACCCCUUACAUGCUCUACAAGGACUCCUGCAACAGGAAGAGCAAUCAGCAAAACCUGGGGACCAUCAAGUGCAGCAAUCUCUGCACGGAAAUUGUGGAGUACACCAGCAAGGACGAGGUUGCGGUUUGUAACUUGGCCUCCCUGGCCCUGAAUAUGUACGUCACCCCAGAACACACGUACGACUUCAAGAAGCUGGCGGAGGUCACUGGAGUCAUCGUCCGAAACCUGAAUAAGAUAAUUGACAUCAAUUACUACCCUGUGCCAGAGGCGGAGCUCUCCAACAGGCGCCACCGGCCGAUCGGCAUUGGGGUGCAGGGCCUGGCGGACGCUUUUAUCCUCAUGAGGUUCCCUUUCGAAAGCCCGGAGGCCCAGCUGCUCAACCAGCAGAUCUUUGAGACCAUCUACUACGGUGCCCUGGAAGCCAGCUGUGAACUGGCCAAAGAACACGGGCCUUACGAGACCUACGAGGGCUCCCCUGUCAGCAAAGGCAUCCUUCAGUACGACAUGUGGAACGUCACCCCCACUGACCUCUGGGACUGGAAAGCUUUAAAGGAAAAGAUUGCAAAGUAUGGCAUUAGAAACAGCCUCCUCCUUGCCCCAAUGCCAACGGCGUCCACCGCUCAGAUCUUGGGCAACAAUGAGUCUAUUGAGCCCUACACCAGCAACAUUUACACACGCAGAGUUCUCUCUGGAGAGUUCCAGAUCGUUAAUCCCCACUUGCUGAAAGACCUGACAGAGAAAGGCCUGUGGAGCGAGGAGAUGAAGAACCAGAUCAUCGCCUACAAUGGCUCCAUCCAGAACAUCCCUGAGAUUCCUGAGGACUUGAAGCAGCUCUACAAGACGGUCUGGGAGAUCUCCCAGAAGACUGUGCUCAAGAUGGCGGCGGACCGGGGGGCUUUCAUCGACCAGAGCCAGUCCCUGAACAUCCAUAUCGCGGAGCCCAAUUACGGCAAACUGACCAGCAUGCACUUCUACGGGUGGAAGCAGGGUCUGAAGACCGGCAUGUAUUACCUGAGGACGAAGCCGGCGGCCAACCCCAUCCAGUUCACCCUGAACAAAGAGAAACUGAAGGAGAAGAGCUCCAGAGAAGAGGAGGAGAAGGAGCGGAACAAGGCAGCCAUGGUGUGCUCCCUGGAGAACAGAGACGAAUGCCUCAUGUGCGGCUCCUAAGGGGCUACCAGGCACGGCCGAAGUCCC